AAAUUUCCAAAAUUAUGGAUACUUUAACUGAAGUGCAAUUUUGGAAUGCAUGCUCCAUAUUAGUACGCAAUUAUCACGCAGUUAAUCGUAAAAUAUUUGCCUGCAUCAUACAACAAGUGGACAAAAUCCUUAAAAACAUUCAUCAAUAUGAUCAAGAUUGUAACCAGGAAACUGUGAGUGAGAUUUGCAACGACGAUAUCCAACAGUUAUUGUGUGGCUAUUGCAAAAAUAAAUUGAAAGACGAUGGCACCGAAGGAUUCGUAAUUCAUCUGAAAUUACUACAUAAAAAGCAGGAACCCAGUAUUAAUGCAAUUGUCGUCAUAAAUCUCCUUGAUAAAAGUUGCAUUUUAAGAUUCCAAUGUAAUGAGUUAGAUGAUUUCGAAAUUAGGUUUGAAACCAACGAGUUGAAGUUCAAAUUGUUAUGCCCUUAUGUAGGCAAAAACAACACCUUUAGGUGGCUAGAAUAUGUUUUUAAGCCUAAAUUUUUAAAAUGGUGUAAAAGCACAAAUCAUCAAGCCCCAACAACGCAGACAUCCCCUUUUAAAGGCUCUUUGAACUUAAUAGAUCCCGAAAAGUACAAUCAAUUGUACAGGUGUCUAAAAUUAAAAUACAGCCAAGAAAUCUUAAAGCUAUGGCAGACUGCUGAAGAAUCCACAGAUCCCCUAAAGUUCAUUUAUGAAGAUUUGGCCAUAGCUGCCUACUUAAUUACUUUGUGGCGAAGUGACUUGAUUAAGGAAUCAAUUUCGUUUGCCGACUUAGGUUGUGGUAAUGGGCUGCUGGUAUUUGUACUUUUAAAGGAAGGAUUCAAAGGUUACGGUUACGAUAUUAGGAAACGUAAGCUGUGGUGUCUGUAUCCUUUCGAAGUACGGCAAAACCUUUACGAGAAAGUCCUGGAAUCAUACAAAUUUGAUUUACCUUCAGAUGUGAAUUUUCUGAUAGGCAAUCACUCAGACGAAUUAUCACCUUGGAUACCUGUAUGGGCUACUAGUCUUCGUUAUAAUAUGGAUUAUUUUUUAUUACCUUGUUGUGCAUUUGAAUUUUCGGGAGCUAAAUAUCAACGCCGCAAUUCUUCGCAAUCUGUUUAUAGUGACUUUUGUAAUUACGUUGAAGAUGUAUCGAAACGCUGUGGCUUUACAACUUUUAAAGACCGUUUAAAGAUACCAAGUACUAAAAGAAUUGCUUUUUGCGGCAUUCGACGUAACUACGCGAUCUGCGAACAUCUAACUAAAGUGGCAGAAAUUAAAGAGUUCGUGAAAAAUGAGCAAUAUGCACAUCCAAACAGUGUAGCUGGCUGCGAAGUCAAAUUAAGAGAUUAUAAGGAGCGCAUAAAAAAUUGUACUCAAAUAGAUAGGACUAUCCUUGAUAGUUUGGUAUUAAAAAUAUUCUUUUUCCUCCUUAAUGCGCAAAAGCAGUGCUACACCAUUAAUUGUGUGUGGCAGGGAGGCGGUUAUUUAACCUUACAAGAAUUAGCGGAUAAUUUAGAGAAAUCCGAUUUAAACAACAUAAAGUCCGAGUGUGGUGGCUUAAAAACUCUGCUUCGCAAUAAACAUGAGAUUUUUGAAUUAUUGCCGGAAAACCGUGUAAAAAUACGUAAACCUGAGAUUCGCAGAAGGCCAGAGCAAACAAUAAAGAAACGUAAAUGCUUUUUCAAUGAUAACCACCCACAAGGUUGCCCAUUAUCUGACGAAGAUUGUACAUUCAUUCAUUAACUUUCAUCAAGCAAGAUGUAUGACUGAAAAAAAUGUAAUUUUU